CACACACCCUUUGUUCCCCCCUUUCUUUAAAAUGCUGAAUCUGUGUGUCCCUCACUCAUACUGUCUAAAGCCUGGCAUCAAGCAUGGACCCUGCUCUGCUGCUGCUCUUCCUGUGGACUCUGACUGGAACGGUGUCCCUGCAGUCUUCAGGGUCGUGUCCGGAGAGACUUCUGGCUGAGGAGCGGAGGAGGACAUGUCCCCGGUCCUGCAGAUCUGACCAGGACUGUGGCAACAAGCGCCAGUGUCUGUGUGAUGGUCAGUGUGGUCUCAGCUGUGUGGUCCCAGGUCGGACUUGUCCCUGGCCUCUUCCCCUGAGUGAGGACUCGGAAGCUCGCCUCCUCUCUCCCACUCACUCCUUCUCCGCCCUGCUGGAAGUGCGCUGCAAGCCGGGCUUCACGUUGCCUGGCGGCUUGGAUGUCGCCGUUCGCCGUUGUCAGGGCGACCGGCAGUGGAGUGGGGAUGAGCCCAUCUGCACAGAGACGCAGCCGCCUGAACACGCUGCUACCCAAACGUGUCCUCUUCCAGCCGAGGUGAGGGACACCUUCAGCAUCCAGGGCGAUGCCUCAGUGGGGACUUCAAUCCGCUACAGCUGCCUGUCUGGGGCAGGCGUCGUCGGGACGACUGAGAACUUCUGUCAGGACGAUCAGAGCUGGCAGCAUCCUCACCCCAUCUGUAGAACGGUGUUCUGCCAGCCGCCAAGGGAAGUGGAGCAGGGCUACGUGGUCGCUGUGCAGAAGACUGAGUACCAGGUGGGAUUUGACAUCCACUAUCUAUGCAGGAAGAACUACCUGCUGGACGGACCCCAGAAGAUCACCUGCCUGUCAAACGGCAGCUGGAGCGCAUCGCCACCACACUGUAGAGCUCGCUGUGUCAUCCCCGCUGAGCGAAGUCGCGUGGUGAUUGGUGGGGUGAAGCGUUGGCCCUUUGACGUGACGGAUGCCAUGGUCCCCCACGGGGAAAACGUGACAUUCUAUUGCAAACACCCCCAGAAGCAGUGCAGCUUCACCGCAACUCAGAGCUGCUUUGAUGGGAAUCUGCGGCCGCCAGCGUGCUACCUGGAACCCACGUGGCUGCAGUAUAAACUCUUCCCUCAUCGGCUGGUCUCAGAGAUUGAGGCGUGUGAUCCUGGUGAUGCGGAGUGGUACCCUGACUCCCGCUCCACAGAUGCUGCCUGAUGUGGAUCAGCAGGCCUCGUGGGUCUGAUCGCUGUGCUGCGCUUUUCUUUUGCAACCUGCAUGAAACCAUUAUAACCAGAGCUACCCUCCAUUCUAUCACUCCAGUCCAGAGUAUGUGUGAUAUUUCACUUUUCCUUGACGCAUCAAGUCUGGUGGCUUGUAAGGUUUAUAUCGUGUUAUUAUAUGUAAAUAUAAAAUGUGAGUUUGGAAAGGAAUAAACGAAUGUGAUGAGGGGA